UCUUUUCUUGAGGCCCGAAAAAGUAAUUAUGGAAAACUAGAAGGGCAUCCAGUAAAUCAACAUCAAUAGCAUAAGCCAAAACCAGGAAGCGACGCUGUAUUGCACAAAACUUGGCUUUGAAGGAGAAGAGUCACAGAGGGAGACAAACCCACCCCUUGUCUCUUCCCUUUGCUUUCUCAGUGAUGAGGCCUCUGUUCAUAUCUCACACAAGUCUUUUGGGGUUUGAUUGAUCAGUCCAAUUUUGAUCUUGAGCAAGAAUGGCGGGUUUGGGCUCUAUUGGUUGUGGAGCAGGAGGAAAUUCAUCAUCGUCAUCUUCAAAUUUGUCAGCUUUAGCCCCGCCGUUUACUGUUGAUAGACUAAACACUCAACCCAACUCAAACCCUCUUUUACAUUAUCCUGACCCGCCUUACUCGGUUGAGUCCUUCAGCCACGCGUGGCAAUAUGCACGCCCUUCAGCCCCUGGACCUGAACUGGUUGUGGAUUCCACUGGAAUUGCUAGCGUGCCCUUGUCUGACGAAUAUCGAUUUUCAGCAUCCCCGACUAGCACCCAUUGGUCUGCUAUUAGUCCUGGUACUAGAACCCCAGUCAGUGCAUUUGCUUAUGGUGGUGAAGUCAAGCCGUAUUAUUCUUCGCCAUAUGCUCCUUCUUUGGUUGGAGAAGAUAGUUUAUUGGUCAAGGAUGAGGGGUCUCAUUACAAUGCAGUGCCUACUUCUGGAUUGAGUGUAACAUCUCAAUUUGAUUAUACUCAAAGUUUGUUUGAUUUGGAGUAUGGACAUCAAUGGGUAGAUGGGUUGGGAUUCGAUGAUGGGAAGCGAGCCAAAAGAGUAGAACUAGAUGGAAGUUUCUCAUCUGAGAAGGCAAAUGUUGGUGCCUCAUAUAGUUACAAUAAUCAACUGAACCAAGGAGGAUGUGUUACUGAGAAUCGAAACAAAUCUAAAGAAGAUCCUGCUGUUUCAUAUAAAAAACUCAAUAAGGAGUUUGACAGGGAAGUCCAGACUGGAGUCACUGGCCCCUUAAAUGUUGGACAUAUCGAAGAUAAGUCAUGUCUUGAGCAAAAUCUUGGCUUUUUUCCCUAUGAUUCAAAUACUUCUCAUAUCCUGGCAUCCAGUUCAACCUACCCAGAAUCUCACCCUUCUGUCCUAUCCUGGGAAGUGCAAAAAAAUUUCUCAAACUAUCAGAACUCAUAUAGUCCAUAUGAAAAAUGUGUUGGGCCAACUCACACGCCCUUUCAUGGUACUUCGUCAGUGACAAGGCCGUCCCCUGCUCUGGUCAUUAGGCCACCAACUGCUACAACUAGUAACUUGGGACAAAUUACUGCUUCUUGCAGACCUGCUCGAAGUGACAAUGUUGGAGGUUUCCACGGUUUGGAUUCGGAUCAAUCUAAUCCCUCAAAAUGGAAGGAUUCUGGCCUAAAACCAAGCUCUGAGAUCAAAGAAGAUCCUGUUGAAUCAAAUCUUUCUAACUUCUCAAAGCAGCGGAAUGAUCUCAUUUCAUCAACUUCAGUGAAAGAACACUCGAGUCCAUUGCAUUCUAAGGAUACUUCUGAUUAUAAGAUUAAAGCAAGAUGGGGAUCUCAAUUACAAGAUAUAAAUGCCUGUGGUGGUUUUCCUAUGGUUUGUGAUAAUCAAGUAGUUAACUCCACUGAGGAUUCUUCAGAUUUAAUAGAUCAUCACAACCCAGCAGAGGAUUCACCCUGUUGGAAAGGAGCACCAUCUUCUGACUUUUCGCAAUUUGAUGUUGAAGCUGGCAACUCUAAACAUGUCAAGAAAAAUUUGGAUGAAUAUUAUAGAUUUAAUCAUGAAGAGCAUCAAAAUCUCCACUCAGUAACUGAUUGUAAUAGAGUUUUUCCUGAAAAAACUGGCGGAGGCAACAAGACUAAUCAAACUGGAUGUGCAAGAAAUGGUGGAGUACUUACGUCGGAGAGGAGUCUUGAUGCUAUCUGUUCAAGUAAAGACCAGAGUUUAUUGGGUGGGGCAGAAAGCAGAAUUUGGAGUUCAGCUUUGCCAAGCAGUAGGGGAGUUGAGAGAAGUGAUGACCCCAAUAUGCUGACAAAACAGUCUUGUUUAGUAAGCAACUUGAAUAGUGGUUUGGAGAUGAAAGUUUCUGACACCAAGCAUUUAAUUGGUGAAGCGGGUGCUGGCUUGACCCUAAAUGAUGUCUCUGAAGGUGGUGCUGUUGCAGUUCAUGCGGCAGAGAAGGUUCUAGCUUCACCUGCUUCGCAAGAAGAUGCCAAUGAGCGGAUCAAACUACCAGAUCCAAAAUUGAAUGUGCCGACAAUGAUUAAGGCAAUACAUAAUCUUUCAGAGUUGCUUCUGUUUCAGCUUUCAAACAAUGCAUGCUCCUUGGAAGAAGAAAAUACAGAGACUCUCAAGCAUGUAAUGAGUAACCUUGACUCAUGUGUGAGUAAAUCAAACGUCCAGGCAACUAAUAAGUCAGAAACAAGCCAUCCUGUGGGAGACAAAUCUGAGAAACUUGGCCAGUCUUCUAAUAUGGAUAAAAUUUCAGGAAGCCCUCAUACGAGAAAUGAAGCUGCAAACACUACUGUCAAGCUUGAUUAUCAAUAUAUGCAUGAAGAGGAGAGAAACUACAGUUUUUUUGGUAAGAAAGAUGAGAAAUCACAAAUUUUAUCACCGUUGAGGGAUGACAUAAACAUAACAAGGGAUGAUGAUAUGGCCAAGGCUAUAAAGAAGGUUCUUGAGGAGAAUUUCCACUUCAAUGAAGAAAUGCAUUCACAAGCACUUCUCUUUAAGAGUUUGUGGCUCGAGGCAGAAGCUAAACUGUGUUCCAUUAGUUAUAAAGCCCGCUUUGACAGAAUGAAGAUUCAAAUGGAAGAAACUAAACUCCAGGCACCACAAGGAAAUGAAUUUGUUGCAGAAAUGAUGUCUAAAGUUUGUGUUUCAGCUGAUCCAAUGACACCUUCCAAGCUGGCCCCCAAGGCUCAUUAUGUCAAAAUUCCGCAACCAACCUUAUAUAACUUCUACAUGUCUGGCAUGAGUGGGCAUGCUGAUGAUGUUGAUGCUUCCGUCAUGGCCAGAUUCAAUAUCUUGAAAUCUCGAGAGGACAACCUGAAACCAAUAAAUAAGGGAGAGGACCAGCAUCCUGAGAUGGUUGAUGAUGAGCAUGCAGGUUCUGUCAUGGCCAGAUUCAAUGUCCUGAAAUCUCGCGAGAACAACUCAAAACCAAUAAAUAUGGAAGAGGAACAGCAUCCAGAUAUGGUUGAUUCUGAGCCUGCAGGUUCUAUCAUGGCUAGAUUCAAUAUCUUGGAAUCUCGGGAGGACAACCCAAAUCCAAUAAACAUGGAAGAGAAACGGCGCCCUGAGAUGGUUGAUUGUGACCAUACAGGUUCUGUCAUGGCCAGGUUCAAUAUCCUGAAAUCACGAGAGAACAACUCAAAUUUGACUAGAAUGGAAGAGGAGCAACGACCUCAGAUAGUUGAAGGUGAGAAGUACCUUGGUCCAUAUGGCUGUGGUCAAUCUGAAGAUGAAACUUUAAAUGUGGCUCAGAAAUCUCAUUUCCUGCAUCAAACUGGUGGUGUAAGUGAAGGCAAAUUUGGUUCAUGUGUAGAUGGUGCUGGAUGUGAAUCUCCAACCAAAUUUCAUCUCUCUGUCAUGGGUGAUCCAAUAAUCCAGUCAUUCAAGAACAGCAGGAUGAUAGAUCAAAGUAGCUCGGGAUGGCGUGAUAGUUCCUCUUCAGACUGGGAACAUGUGCUGAAAGAUGAUUUUUCAUGGAAGAACAUGUAGAUUUCGUACUGGGGCUGGACCUGCUGAUAAGAGGCAUUUUAGAUCAUCUCCUUUGUGAAUAUUGCUUCCUCGUCAUACUUUCAGACCAUGUAAUGGAUUUUGAUUGCAUGGAAAAACUUAUCGAACAUCGAUUGGAGCCUAGAGGUGAAACUCUAAUUUGGGUAAAAAUAACCAGAUCUAAUGGCUUUAGUAAACUGUCGACUCGUGUAUAUAUUGUAAAAAUGGAUAUUUUGCUUAUACUUGCGUGUAUGAAGUGAUAUUUCUGGGAUUCUGAAGGCCUGAUGGAUUGUUGCUUGUUUUGUGCUUA